CAUUCCCUACCCGGAUGUUGAUUCGGAAACGCUGUUGAGGCAGUUUCCUCAAAACUAGCUGUUAGGCUAAUAUUUCAUAUGACACAGUCUAAACUUUGCCCAGAAACAGAAAAAAAUAUACUUUUACCUGCUCAAGCUAAAGCUUUCAGACAGCUAUGACGUGACAUCAUUGUCGGCGGUGAUUGAGUUCUCGAGUUUACGUUUUUACGUCUACGCAUCACUUAAAUCAAGUGUCUGAAGUGAGCAGGAUGCUAGCAUGUGUCGUUGACAAGUAACUGUAGGAAGUUAGCUUGUUAGCCUCGAGAGACAUCCGUGUGUUAUGAGGCUUAAUUUUCCUUCCCUAUGCUUAUUUUACAUAACAUCUGCGAAAUGGAUGCCGAGCCCAUAGUGAUCCGCAUAAAAACGCCAUCAGGGGACAUGGACUCAUCUGUGGACUAUCCAUCUCUUCUGAACUUCAAUGACUUACUGGUCGCAAUCAGAGAUGUGAUGCCUGAAGCCACUGUCACUGCCUUUGAAUAUGAAGAUGAGGUGGGUGACAGAAUCACUGUAAGAAGUGAUGAAGAACUCAAAGCCAUGUUGUCAUAUUACUGCAAUACAAUGAAUGAACAACGCAUGAAUGGACUGCUACCAGACCCUCUACAGAUUUUUCCAAGAGCCGGCAAGACUCCAGGGAUCCGGAACAUACAUGGCCUGAAGGUUAACACAAGGCCUAAUCCAGCCAAUGACUGCACUCAUACCGCACCUGACUCUAUAGCCAACAACAGCCUCAAAAAAUCAUCUGCUGAGCUAAAGAGGAUCUUGACAAAUGGGCAGAUAAAUGCUCAAGAGAUCCACUAUCAAGAGCAACUUGGUCAUGGAAACGGAGGCACGGUUUACAAAGCAUACCAUGUCCUUGGCAAGCGGGUUUUGGCUGUUAAGGUCAUUCCUCUGGAUAUUACGGUAGAAUUACAGAAGCAAAUCAUGUCAGAAUUAGAAAUUCUCUACAAGUGUGAUUCACCCUACAUCAUCACUUUCUUCAGUGCCUUUUUUGUAGAGAACAAGAUAUCUAUAUGCACAGAAUUUAUGGACGGAGGAUCUUUAGAUGUCUACAAAAAAAUUCCUGAGCAUGUGCUGGGAAGGAUUGCAGUUGCUGUUGUCAAAGGACUGACAUAUCUGUGGAGCCUGAAGAUACUUCACAGAGAUGUCAAGCCUUCCAAUAUGCUGGUGAACACCCGAGGACAAGUCAAGCUGUGUGACUUUGGUGUCAGCACACAGUUGGUAAAUUCUAUUGCCAAGACAUAUGUUGGAACCAACGCAUACAUGGCACCGGAAAGGAUAUCAGGAGAACAGUAUGGAAUCCAUGCAGAUGUGUGGAGUGUGGGCAUCUCUUUCAUGGAGCUGGCACUCGGCAUGUUUCCAUAUCCACAAAUUCAGAAGAACCAAGGCUCUUUAAUGCCUCUCCAGUUACUGCAAUGCAUCGUUGAUGAGGACCCUCCGGUGCUUCCUGUCGGACAGUUCAGUGAGAAGUUUGUUCACUUCAUUACACAGUGUAUGCGGCGGAACCCCAAGGAGAGACCUGCACCAAAUAACCUCAUGGAUCAUUCCUUCAUCAUCCAGUUCAACGAUGGAAAUGCAGAGGUGGUGUCCAUGUGGGUUUGUCGUAGUCUGGAGGACAGACGAGCCCAGCAGACUUAGUCAUGUCCUCCUGCCUUUCAACCCCAAUGGACCCGGACAAUUGACUCCAGACUUUGAACACUCAUCAAAGACUUCAGAGUCAAAUACAUCCAUACGAAGUCUACAGGUGACUUCAUGUACAUGGACAUAAAUCACUAGUUGUUACAUAUUUUAUGUGAGUAUUUCUUUAUUAAAUAAUUGUGUGCCGCGGCGUGAAGGCGCCUACACCUCCUGAGAGUAUUAAUCUCCCAGUUCUAACAGUGCACAGACCAGACUGAGUUUGUUGUUUUUUAGCAUGCAUCUCCUGCUUCAGAUGCCUCCAACAAGUUUUUCUGGAUAGUCCUGAAAUACUGUGAGCCUCACAGUCUGAAGGGAGAUAAAUUAUCCAAUGAGCAUCAGAGACAACAGCAAAGCUUAAAGAAGACUGUAAAACCGAGUCCGGGUCGUGCUCUGCUUCUGUGAUGGAAUCAAAUGACCAUCUUGUGCUUUACAGAUGACAGCAGUGUAGUGAAUGUCAAGGUUUUUUCCUGUGAGUAACUGCCCUUCUCCUGUGCCUGUUUUUUCCAGUGGUGCAAGUUAUUACCUCCGAAAGUUUAAUUUGUCACUGUACAAGAAAGAUGUCCCCCAAAAAUCUUUUUAUUUUCUGCAUCUGGGCCAGAACAGAAAGAAUGUGUCCAGUCAUUAGGGAGAAUUGAGAUUGAGGGCCCGUUCAUGCUUUUUCAUCACCUGCCCAAGUUUUUUCUUCUUUUUCUGCCAUCAUCCUUUUAAAUAUGAAAUGCAUUGAAGUUUCAGGCUGCCUUGAUAAAUUGAGCCAGGUGUGCCAAGUUAAAGUCUCAGCCUGCAUAUGCAGGCGUGAAAGCUAUUAAUUGGCCUUGAGAGCCAGAAGCAAACCCCAGUGAAAAGAAUAAAAUAACACAUUCUCUUCAUUCUUAAGCUCAAUGAGCUAAAAAGGAUGUUUCACACUUGAUGGAAACCAAGCUUUAUUUCUCUUUAAACCUGUUUAUAACUUGGUUGCACAUCUUUUGACAUGCCUAAUGUUAAAAACCACUGAAUGGACGGUUGAUGUCUGACUGGAGAUGUCUGUGAAUCGUCCUCUUACAUGAAGCAGCUGUUUCUGUUUUUAGAAACUAAAGAAAGAGGAAAAAACUAAACAGAUUAGAGCUAAACCCUACAUUAUGAAAACAUCUCUUGAUGUUUUCUUGUGUUUUUUUUGUUUUUUUUAUCACUUUGUUACCAAAAAGUCUCCACACUAGAAAGAGAAGUCAUGCACUGUAUAUAAGUGGGGGAAUUUUAUUGGAAUAGCUAAAGAAAUCAGUGAUGUAUUAUAAAGGCAAAACAUUAGUGCAGGCAUCGCCAAAGAGGAGCCAAAUGAUGAAUUACACAGACUUCUCAUUAAUGUUAAAGGGCAAAGCAAAAUUCCUUGGAAGAAGUCUUUGUGUGCAGCACACAAGUGCAGUUUAAUGCCCUUUUUCCUUCGUAAAUUCACAGUGUAGCAGCAUGAUGUAUACAGAGUGAAUCACACAGAAAAAGCAGCAGUUAUUCAUUCAGUUACAUACUUUUGUAUUAUUUGUAAUUAUGAAAACACACAGUUUAAAUAUCAGCAUUUAACUAAGUCCUCCAAACGUAAUAUGUCUCAUCUGUAGAGGAAUCAAACGUGAGCCCCAUUAUAUCAUUAGUAAUUCAGGGAAAUGAAAAGACUACAGCAAUUUCUUUCUCUUUUUCUUCUUUCUUUCUUUUUUCUUUCUUCUUCUGUUUUGCUUCUUAUUUCCAGACUUGAUAGAUCACUCAGCAGCUGUGUUAAAAUAAGAUGUGUUUUAGAUCCAACUACAUGUUAAUGAGUCUGCACUGCAUACACACACACAGACAUAGUGUGUGAACAAUAAGAUUUGAGCAGUGGUGUUAAAUUAUCCAGAUCUCCUUAACUUGUGGCGUUGAAGGAUGUAGUUCCACAUUUGGUGUGUUAAAAAUGAGCUGAAAGUGGUCGAGCAGCUCCAGAAACAUCCAGAACCAAUGAAGAUGUCAUCAUGUUCUGGAGAAGACCAGCCAGUGGUUUAAUUCAUCUGCACUCUGAAUGUUCUUUGUAAUUAAGAGGAGUCUGUUUUUGUAAUUUUAUGCAUAAUAAAUAUUGGCCUAUAAACAUUAAUUGAAUGAAAUAAAUAGAUGGUAUCAGAAUUUGUAAAACUGAGUUUGGAGAAUCUUGAUCUACACAUGAAAUUCAUCUGCUUCCGAUGUUGAAAGGAGAGCGUUUAUAACUCCUCCAACUGGCUCAGAAUUUAAAGACUGAUUGGAGGAGAUGUGAUCCCUUUCUAUAAACUGUUUUAGUAAAUCACAUUUUAUGGUAAGAUAAUCGCUGCUUGUUGCGUUACAGCAGAGGGGGAGUAUGGAAAAUUCUCCCCCACAUUAACCUGUUUGGAGAAUCCACUAUUUGCCUCAGAAAGCUGCAAAUGAAACCCAACCUGUUACUUUUCUGUCCAUGAUGUCAUUUACUUUCAUCACUCUGGCCUGAUGGGGAAAAAAAUUAAAUCCUAUAUUGUGGAUUUUUUCAGUAUUCAUAAAUAGAAUAUCUUCUCAGCAUUUCACUAUGUUCUAACACAUCUUUUAACAUCCAGGUUCCUUACAGACUUGGUAAAGUAAACAACUAGUGUUAAAUUUAGAAUCUGGUGUUAAAAUAUUGACUCAACAAGUCCUGAAACUUCUCUAUUAUUUGUACGAUUUUGUUUUAUUUUUUGUUUUACGCCUGUUCUAAAAGUGAUCUUUUUACUUCUCUGUCAGCUUACAAGAGGACAUCACGUCCGUGUCGUCUUCCCUGUUAUAUAAGUUUUUGUCAUGUUAAAAACACAAAGUUUUCAACAGUGAGGAGAAAUAUUGGUUCUCUGAUAUUACUGACUGUCCGCCUUCUCUGUAAGUUUCUGUAUUGGCACAUAUUUCAACCAUAUUAAAUAAAAUUUAUUUAAGCGAA